AUGCCUGGAAAUGUAGAGUUUGGAAACGAAAAUUUUAAUGCAGAUGAUUAUGUCAAACGUCUUGUUAAAGAAAGAGCUACUGGAUCUGAAUUAAGUGAUUAUAAAAAGCAAUUACAGAAAGAAAAAGAAGAUGUAAGUCUUGGACUUAAAAAGAAAGUUUUUGAGAAUUACACUCAAUUUAUUGAGACAGCAAGAGAAAUAUCUCACUUGGAAUCGGAGAUGUAUCAGCUAUCACAUAUUCUUGUUGAUCAAAGAAGCUUAAUUGAACAAAUCAGAGAAGAAACCCUUCUUGAUGAACAGAAAAAUGUGAUUGGAGAACCAGACGAGGGAGACACUGAACAAGAUCAGAACAAGAAAGCGAUUGCCAUUAUCAAAGAAGCUCUAAUGGGUUACUCGAAGAAUCUUGAUGAUAAAUUCUUCAUCCAUGAAGGUUCUCUCAUUGAGUUGGAUCCAAACGAUUAUCGUCCAAUAUGUAGAUCACAUUUGUUUCUAUUCAACGAUAUUUUAAUCAUCGCAAAGAUCAAACAUGACAAAAAGCUCGAAUUCAUGGCAGAAUAUGAAACGAAGAAACUCGCUGUCAUUAAUAUCAAAGAGUUAACAGGUGUUAAAAAUGCUAUAAAUAUCAUGACAAGUGAUGGAUCAAGAAUUUAUCAAACUAUAAAUGCAGCUGCAAAGACAGAAUGGAUCGAAAAGUUUGAAGUGUCGAUUAAAUUUAAUCAACCACAUGGUGGAGGAGUAAAAUCUAAGAAAGGUCCAGCACCACAACCACCAAAAACUUUACAAAAACAAGUCUCUUCAAUUGAUACACAAUCAAUUGCUAGUGACAUGACAUUAAGUCCAACAGCGUCAAUAAAAACCGAAAAUUUUGCUCCCGAAUGGUUGAACUACGCACCAGAAGAGAUUCAAGCUGAAAUUGCACAAAGACAUUUCGAGGAUUCUUUAACAUUGAUACAAAGAAGUGAGGAAUAUAUUCAAAAGAAUCCAGUUUUUUAUAACUCAGAAGAGAUUCAAGAGAAGGUCAAAGGAUUGAAAACAAUUUUGUCGAGUGUUUUACUUCACGAACUUUCAACAGCUCAAUGUCGUGAUCUUCAAUCUCUUUUACGAUCAUCUCGCCGUUUAUUAAAACUUCUCGUUGAGAUGGAUAAGAGUCGAGAAGCAUCAACAAUAUUACUUAAAGUUUGUACGACAGCAAUUCGAACAUCACAACGUCAAGCUCGACGAAAUAAUCUUCCUGUGUCGGAAUUAUUUUUCUGUGAUCUUGCACAAGUUGCAAGUGAAUUUCUUCGAGCUUUUCAAUCACAUGUGGCUUGCACAAGUGCACUUGUUGUCUGGAGUAACGAUGAACUGCAAUAUUUUGCACAACAAUUGAUAAAACAUUAUUUGUCGAAAGGAACAAGUUUGGAAACUGUCGCAAAAGUUGUUGAAAAUGUGAGGGAACCAUGCAGACAAUUGACAAAAAUCGGUUUAGAUCUUUCGUAUUACAUGGAAGGGUUGCUACGUGGAUCGUUGGAACAAUUAAUUGAAGAAUCCAGAUAUCGAUUGAUUGAGACAAUCAACAGAACUGAAGACGUCUGGCAACCAUACAAUCUUGGAUCAAAAAAUAAUUUAAGAAUUCUUAUCAAAGAAUUAAAUUCCAUGGGAAUUGAUUUGACGGAACUCAUAACUGGUGACACUUGGAUUAACUUAACACAAUCGACUGUUGAUUUUUGUCGACAUUUCUUAAGUGUCACUCAAAGUUGUGCAAUUAUUGGAAGAAAUAACAUUCUGAAACCUGAUUGUGAAAACUUAUUGAAAGAUCUUUUUAUAACUCAACAUAAUAUAAAACCAACAGCCACACAAAAUGUUGAUUUGAAUUUUGUAACUAAAAAUAAAUUGUAUUUAGUGGAAGUUUUGUUGAGUGCAGCAAUAGAAAAGUUUGAGGCGAUGAGUGAUCACAAAAGCAUCGUGUUGGUUGAUCUUCAACAACAUCUUAGAGGCCCACCAAAACCGAAACCACGAAAUGUUUACAAGACCGAUGUGCUUUAAGUGAUUCAUGUAAAAGUUAAUUGACACUUAUUACAUUCGUUAUUCAUAGAAAUUCCUUUCAAAUCUUGUAAUUCUUUUUGUAAAAGCUUCUAAAUGCUUUCGUUACUUAUAGCCUAUAUUAAUAUUAUGUUAGUUAUCACACAUAUUCCGUUUCCAUAAUAAAAAAAUAUUUAUCAUAAA